AUGCUUCUGGACAUUAAUGGUAAAAUGGUUUCAGCAACAGAAGAAUGUGUUGGACCAAUGAGACUGACCCAAGAGCCAAUUCAGGUCCUGCUGGUGUUUGCCAAGGAGGACAGCCAAAGCGAUGCCUUCUGGUGGGCCUGCGACCGCGCUGGCUUCAGGUGUAACAUCGCACGGACACCCGAGUCUGCAGUCGAGUGUUUCCUGGACAAACACCACGAGAUAAUCGUUAUCGAUGGACGUCACUCGCGCUACUUUGAGCCUGAAGCAGUCUGCCGGAUGAUCCGUGCCACAAAGCCCUCUGAAAACACAGUCGUUCUCGCUGUUGUGCCACAAAAACUGCCUGACCAGGAGGAGCCAUCUGUUCUUCCUCUCCUCUGCGCUGGAUUUAGCAGAAGGUUUGUGGAGAACAGCAGCGUAUCAGCCUGCUAUAAUGAGCUCAUACAGAUCGAACACGGAGAGGUGCGCUGCCAGUUCAAACUCAGGGCUUGUAACUCUAUCUUCACUGCUUUGGAGCACUGUCAGGAGGCUGUGGAGAUCACCAGUGAGGACCACAUAAUACAGUAUGUGAACCCAGCAUUUGAACGGAUGAUGGGCUACCACAAGGGGGAGUUGAUCGGGAAGGAACUGACUGAACUUCCAAAGAGCGACAAGAACAGAGCGGACCUGCUGGACACCAUCAACACCUGCAUCAAAAAAGGAAAGGAAUGGCAGGGUAUUUACUUUGCCAGAAAGAAGUCCGGCGACAGCAUACAGCAGCAUGUGAAGAUAACACCAGUUAUCGGCCAAGGAGGGAAAAUUCGACAUUUUGUAGCCAUCAAGAGGCCUCAUAUUGACAACAAUAAUCAGGUCCACAAGUUCAACAAGGAGGAGAGAUGCAGCGGGGAGCAUUCUCAGUCAGAGUGCCAUUCUCUACGUCACAGAGACAGGAGGAAAGACUCAAUUGACGCCAGAUCGCUCAGCUCCCGUGGCAGUGACGCUCCCAGUUUGCAGAAUCGAAGAUAUUCCUCUGUGGCCAGGAUUCACUCCAUGACUAUCGAGGCUCCCAUCACCAAGGUAAUAAACAUCAUCAACGCAGCCCAGGAGAGCAGUCCGGUGACGGUGGCCGAGGCUCUGGAUCGAGUUUUGGAGAUCCUGAGGACCACAGAGCUCUACUCCCCCCAGCUCGCCUCCAAAGAGGACGACCCCCACACCAACGACCUGGUUGGGGGGCUCAUGAGUGACGGGCUGCGGAGACUCUCUGGGAACGAAUAUGUUUUCUGCAAGAAUAUGAGUCAGAGCCAGCUGGCCAUCCCAGUCACUCUGAAUGAUGUCCCUCCAUCCAUCGCCGAGAUGCUGAAUGAUGAGGAAUGCUGGGAGUUCAACAUCCUGGACCUGGAGGCAGCUACACACAAAAGACCGCUGACUUACCUCGGCCUGAAAAUUUUCACCAGUUUCGGAGUGUGUGAGUUCCUGAACUGCUCGGAGGCGACGCUGCGCUCGUGGCUGCAGCUCAUGGAGGCCAGCUACCACUCGUCCAACUCCUACCACAACUCCACGCACGCUGCAGACGUGCUGCACGCCACUGCCUACUUCCUGCGCAAAGAGAGAGUCAAGAGUAGUCUGGACCAGCUGGAUGAGGUGGCAGCGUUGAUAGCAGCCACGGUUCACGAUGUGGACCACCCGGGCAGGACCAACUCCUUCCUGUGCAACGCAGGCAGCGAGCUGGCCAUCCUCUACAACGACACGGCCGUGCUGGAGAGCCACCACGCUGCCCUGGCCUUCCAGCUCACUGUGCGCGACAGCAAGAGCAACAUCUUCAAGAACAUCGACAGGAAUCAGUUCCGAACUCUGCGACAGGCCAUCAUCGACAUGGUGCUGGCCACAGAGAUGACCAGACACUUUGAACACGUCAGCAAGUUCGUCAACAGCAUCAACAAGCCAAUGGCUGCCAUCGAAGAGACCAGCACGAGUAGCGUGAACAGCGACUGCGAGGGUCAGGCCAACAUCCGCAACUCUCCAGAGAACCGUCUGCUGAUAAAGAGGAUGCUGAUCAAGUGUGCAGAUGUGGCAAACCCCUGCAGGCCGCUGGAGCUGUGCAUCGAGUGGGCCGGACGGAUCUCUGAGGAGUACUUUGCACAGACAGAUGAGGAGAAGAGACAGGGGCUGCCAGUGGUGAUGCCAGUGUUUGACAGGAACACCUGCAGCGUGCCCAAAUCUCAGAUCUCCUUCAUAGACUACUUCAUUACUGACAUGUUUGACGCCUGGGAUGCCUUUGCCAGCCUGCCUGGUCUGAUGGAGCACCUGUCGGAGAACUACAAGUACUGGAAGAACUUGGACGAGAUGAAGUGUAAGAGCCUGCGUCCUCCCCCUCCUUCUUGACCGACUCCCCUCCUCCUCCUCCUCCUCUCACCCAUCACUCGGAGCAGGGUAGGACAGUGAACGCACCCCUGCGGUCGAACUAUUCGUCUUUUCAGCUGCGAUUUGACAGCGCCGUGUGCCCUCCCAGACGUCCCGGGACACGAAAAUCGGCCUACUGGGGACUCUGAGAGCCAACAUCGUUGACUAAUGAACGCUGAGGCGCCGUUUCCAUCUCAAAUCGCAGCUUCAUUUCUUGUGUGGUUGUAACUGGAGGUGGUUUUCUGCCAGUGAAGGGCAGGUUGUCAUUUGAGGGCCCUCUGGACUCCCUGUUGCCACUUCACGGCCCCGUACAGUAUUCCUUUUAGCACCUCUAUGAGACUGCGUGGACCUUAUGGCUCACCUGACAAUCUGUGCUUAACAGUGCACCACACCAGAAACCUGCACUUUAGCUAAUCGAGACAUUUUCAUUCAGAGCUCCCUUUUGCUUAGUUUGCUUUUCACACUUAAUAAACUCUUAAUUUUCUUUAAAAACAGUUUCAUUCGAUAUCUGUACAUUGCUGUAAAAGAAUAUGAACAAUAACAAGUGACAAUAGCUGGAGACACUGAUUGAAAUAGGUGGUCUACUCGUGCUUUUCACUGGAUGUGAGCGCACAUGUUCAAACUGUUAUCAAAUUGUCAACUUGUGAAGGUGCUCGGCUGGAAUUAUUCAUUCUUGUUCGCUGUGAAAUGAGUAGGAGACAUGUUGACUUGUCUCUGGGACCAAAUUCUUAGAAGUCCCUGUCGGCUCUACAAAGAAAGAACUUGUUGGAAACAUUUAGGAGUCAGGUAGCCAAGUAUGAGGGUGCAGUGCCAGCCAGCACACAGAUACUCCAAAUGUCCAGCCCCUUAUAUAUAUAUACACACAGAGGUGACAUCAAAGAAGGGCUGUUUUCUUUUUGUUUUGUUUUUUUUGUGUGACGAUCGCUGGAUUUUAAGGUCAUGUAGCUGCAGAAUAGGUUGUGAAGUAUCUCACCCAAUAACCUACUGUUUUAAUUUCUUACAUCACCGUCCUCUGUGCAUUGUGAAAGCAGCCGGCGAGGACAACAGAGAUCUUUGUCAAAUGGAGGAACAGAAUUGCACUGUAUCAGAGCUGUUUAGUUUCGUUCAUAGCUUUGUGACACUAACUGUAGACGUUUGCACCCAAAAACGGAGUAGAAACAAAUCCUGCAUGAGAGUAUCUGAGCAGUGUAGGCUUUCUAUGUGAAGCAACACGAAUCCGUUGUGUGUUUGGGGAACAAAUCGACCUCUGUGGCCUGAUAGAUGUAUAACGGCACGGCAGAUCCACGUUUAGAUCCAGCUUGAAAAAGCUGCAGAGCCAGCGUCUGUCUCCUCCUUAAACUAAUCAGCACCGGCUCUCACGUGGUUUUUGUUAAAGCAGUUUUACUGCAUCUCAAAUCCUGCAACCCCAAAUAGCUAUUUUAUUUCUUUUUUAAAGAGAAAUCUACAUGUACAUGAUUUUAUUUUUUAUUUUUUUUGAUUCACUAAAGUAGACAGAAAGUCCAUGAGAUGGUGGAACUUGUAUGUGUUGCCUGCCCUCUGGUGGCAAUGUAGAAGUGGUGCACAGUGGAGUUUGUUACGCAUUAUGAUGCAUAAUGAGUCAAAUAACAUCCAAAGGAAAUGAUUUAUUUACCAGUUAGGACUGGAAUGAAAUGGAUAGUGGUUUGUCAAAAUCAGCUUUUGAACCCUCUGAACCCAAAGCAGUUCCUGGGCUUUUUUUCUUUCUUUUUUUUGCUCCGGUU